UAAAACCAAUGAAAAAGUACUAGCUGUAAGUGAAAUAGAGUGGAACUUGUACUCUUUCAGCAAUAUUAAGGAAUGAUUUACCUAAAACACGCUCCAAUAUCUUUAAAAAAAGUUACCUGUAAGUUGGUUUUGUUUUAUUUCAAGUGUACUAAGAUGUUUGCACUAAAAAGUGGAUUGGAUUUUGUAAGAUUUUGUGGUUUUGCAAUGUGGAGCCAUGAACGUCACCGUUUGAAUUUUUUAUUAUUUUUUUUAACUCUAAUUCUUCUGGGUAAAACGGCUCAAGUUCACCCAGGCUUGAUCAGGAGUCAUCGGCUUUCUGUCUGGACUUUGACUAGGCCCUUCUAAUAAUGCUUUGAUCUAUACCAAUACAUUGUAGCUCCUGCGGGAAGGAGAAGUGGAAGGUCAGUGCUUUCCCCAGUAUGAAAUCUUCUGUAUUUUCUGACAAGUUUUCUCCCUUAUUAGCUCUAUCCAUCUCUUCAUCAACUCUGACCAGCAGAGAAGCAACUUCAUAUUUUUAAUGUGCAUUGUAAUCGUUCCCCCCUGGUGGUCAACUCUUUUGGAAACCAGUUAAAUAUUGUGUACAGAACAAGCAAACUGCUCUGCCGCAGUCCUGCCCAGAGGCCCAGAGGCUUGGAUUCUUUGAUAAAGCUGCUUUUUAUGAAAUUCAAAGCUUCCUCACUUAGUUUCUGGAAAAGAUAACCAGUAGCCCAGGAGAUACUUAGAAAGAUCAAGAGAUUUUGAUCAACCACUGGUUGUUCUCUCGUCUAUUUAAAAACCUGACUCUUGCUUGGCCUUGUCAGAGUGCGGCAGCUCCAGCAGACCCAGUUGGUGCCACGCAGAGAAACUGGCACGCAUGGCCAAUGUGGACAAACUUCUGGAGCACAUAGGAGACUUUGGACCCUUCCAGAAGAAGAUGGUCAUACUUGGGUCUCUGCCAUUGGUCUUCAUUCCGUUCGUGUUUGUUGGAGUCGUCUUCCUGGGCCACACUCCGGACCACUGGUGCUGGAGCCCCGGGUCCGAGCAGCUCCUGCAGGAGUGCGGCUGGACAGAGGUCAAGGUGCGAGAAGUUACCGUUCCCCACGGCGAAGAGGCCGGAUCCUUCAGCCGCUGCCAAACGUUUGCCGUGAACUGGAGCCAAAGCUGGAACAGAUGCGAGGCGUUUGAGCAGGAGCUGACUUUAAACGGAUCCCAUGCUGUGCCGUGUGACGGAUGGAUGUUUGAUAAGAGUCACAAAACUACAGUUUCUGAGUUUUCACUGGUGUGUGAAAAAGCCUGGCUUGCUGACCUAAAUCAGGUGUUCCUGGCUUCUGGGUUUUUUACUGGAGCUUUCGUGACUGGCUAUGUGGCUGACAGGUUUGGCAGAAAGCCAUGCGUCGUUGCCUCGAUGCUCGGCCUGGGACUCACUGGAGUUGGGAUCAUGCUUUCACCAUGGUAUCCGCUGCUGCUCUUCCUGCGGUUUCUGCAGGGAUUUUGUGGAAAGGGAGCGUGGACAGCCACUUAUGUUCUCGUGGUUGAGUUUUUUGGAGCAGAAAACAGAAAAUUUGUAUCUAUGGUCGGUCGGAGUUUCUACUCCAUCGGUAUGGUGAUUCUGCCGGGCCUGGCUUACUCUCUGGUCUCCUGGAGGAACCUGCAGCUGGCUAUGAGUCUUCCUUGCUUCCUGUUUGUCUUUUACUAUUGGAUUGUCCCAGAAUCUCCUCGCUGGCUGUUUUCUAGAGGAAGAAGCAGAGAGGCCAUAAAAGUUGCUUCAGACAUGGCGAAAUGUAACAAUAGAGUUUUGCCACAUAAUCUUCAAGAGAUGAUUUCUUUGGAGGAAAAGAAGGAAGCACCUUCAGUGUCUUUCAAGGAUUUAUUUCGGACACCAAAGAUAAGAAAAAACACACUGAUUUUAACUUAUGCCUGGUGA